AUGGUAGUCUAUAAUUUCAAGAAAAUUACACCCGUUCCUAACGGAAAGGAAUUUAUGGAUAUUGUUCUCUCAAAGACUCAACGAAAAACUCCAACAGAAAUUCACCCACAAUAUGCCAUCAAUCGUAUCCGUAGAUUCUAUAUGAGAAAAGUAAAGUUUUGCCAACAAGCUAUUCACGACCGAAUUACUCUCAUUCUGGACGAAUUUCCACGAUUGGGAGAUAUUCAUCCCUUCUAUGAAGAUCUGAUGAACGUUCUCUAUGAUAAAGACCACUAUAAACUUGCAUUGGGUCAAUUGAGCACUUGUAGAAACGUUGUGGAUGCCAUUGGUAGAGAUUACGUCCGUCUUUUGAAGUAUGGCGAUUCUUUAUAUCGUUGCAAACAAUUGAAGAGAGCUGCUUUGGGUAGAAUGAUAACUGUAUUAACGAAGCAAAACUCGUCAUUGGUAUAUCUAGAACAAGUCAGACAGCACUUGGCUCGUUUGCCUUCCAUUGAUCCAUCAUCCCGUACAUUGAUUCUUGUGGGAUAUCCAAACGUCGGAAAGUCUAGCUUUAUGAAUAACAUGACCCGAGCCCAAGUUGAUGUUCAGCCCUAUCCUUUCACAACUAAAUCAUUAUUUGUUGGUCACAUGGAAUAUCGUUAUUUGAAGUGGCAAUUAAUUGAUACGCCAGGUAUUCUUGAUCAUCCUCUUGAACAACGUAACACAAUUGAAAUGCAAAGUAUUACAGCUAUGGCUCACUUGCGCUCUACUAUUUUAUAUUUAUGUGAUGUGAGUGAAACUUGUGGAUACAACAUCAAACAGCAAUGUGAUCUUUUCAAGAAUAUCAAACCUCUCUUUGCAGGAAAACCAGUUUUAUUGGUCUUAACAAAGAUUGAUUUGGUUAGAUAUGAAGAUUUGAGUGAUGAGCAUAAGAAAAUGUUACAAGAAAUUGCAGAUAUGUGCAGUGAUAUGAUCGGAAUUAGCAAUCUUAACCAAUCAGGACUGAAUGAUGUAAAAACAAGAGCUUGUGAUCUUCUGCUCCAAAACAGAGUUGAAGCCAAGAUUAAUCACGGUAAGAAAUCGGUAGAAUCCAUCCUCAAUAGAGUUCACUUGGCUCAGCCAAAGAAGAGAGACGACAAAAUAAGAGAACCACAAAUUCCUGACAGCGUUCUUCGAAAGAGAGCUGGAAUGGAUGACGAAUCUGGAGAUAUGGAAGAUGAACCAAGAAUUACGGAAAAGCAUCUCGAAAAUCUUGGAGGAGGAGCUGGUGUUUAUACUCCAGAUUACAAGAAGCACUACCUGUUGAAAAACGACGAAUGGAAAAAUGAUAUUAUUCCAGAAAUUAUGGAUGGCAAGAACAUUGCUGAUUUUGUUGACCCAGAAAUUGACAAAAGAUUGGAAGAACUUGAAAGAGAAGAAGAUGAAAGACUUCGAGAAGAAGGUGGAUUUGAAGGCGGUGUAAACUAUGCUGAUGACGAAUUCUAUGUUGACUCUGAAGAAGAAGAAGAUUUCCAGAAAAUUAUGGAUAAGAAAUCUGUAAUUAUUCAAACGAAUAGAAUCAAUAAGAAUACUAACCAUCCUAAACUUACCAGAAAAGAUAAGCCUAUUGAUUUGAACUCUAUUGUUUCUGAAUUGAAAGACAGAGGUGUUCCACAAGAAGCUUUGGAUAAAGCUAGAUCAUCUUCAGUUGCUAGAACUUCAUCGGUUGGUAGAGGUCACAAACUCGCAACAUCCAGUGUUGGACCAAGAGCUAGAAGUGAGAGUAAAAUGGCCAAAAACAGAAGUGCUAGUGAGAAGAGAGCAGCUGCCGAAUAUGAGUCUGUUGAUAUUGAUAAGACCGCUCUCAGCAAGAAGAGAUCCUUAACACCUCACAAUCCUCUUACUGAAAAGAUUGGUAGAUUUGCAGGUAUCAAAGAUGCCAAGAAACAAGUUUCAGCUGUCAAGUUAGGUCUGAAGAAGAUUAAGACAUUGCAAGCAAGUGGCAAACGUACCGAGGCAGAUCAUGUCAUCUUCAACAUGAAACCAAAGCACUUGUUCAGCGGUAAGACAACGAUAGGAAAGAAGGAUUACAGAUAA